AUUGCCUACGAUUAGUGUAUGAAACAAUCCAAAGGAAUACUAUAUAAUAUCAAUGGUAGUAUCACCCCAACCUCAGACUUCACAAAAGUAAACCAUCAUCUUCUUCCAACCUCCUGACACAUCGAUAACCUUCACUUCCUUUACUUUCUUCUGCCAUGAAUUUCGUCGUGCAAGCAAAAUGAGUGUCAAGUGGGAAGUCGUGAAUUUCAGUCUAAGCACAAAUGUCCAGAACGAGACUAAAAGAGAUAUUUUCGCCAAUGGUCAGAUGCAGGCGCAGAUUAACGUCACAAUCCGAGCCUUUAUUUAUAAUACAGCUAUACCCUACCAGCUCACCGAGUCGGAUCUGCAGAGUCUCAAGUUGAUUGAUUAUAACACAAAGGAGGAGUUGACGGGGGAUUGGACUUAUUCCAGGGUUGAGAGGGAGGAAUUUGUCCAUAUUAUGCCAGGGCAGUCUUUUGCAGCACCCGUUGUGCCCAAUGCGGACGAUACUCAAACCAUUGUGCUCUGGGUCUCAUCGGCUAAAAUUGGAGAGAAGAGAAUCGCCGCCCAGAUUACAGAGCUUGGCGAGACACUAGCAAUUGUCAGGACGACCGGCGGUACUUUUGAGUCUAGCAUCACAAUUACCGCCAGACAGCCGAUCACUUACACGAUGGAUAAUGUCACCCUCACUCGAGAAGAUACGGCCGAAGGUUCUUGGUGGAAGUCGGUCCUAUAUGGGCAAAAUUGGGUUAACACUGCAUAUGCCUGGGACCAAGACAACUACUAUGUCACAUCCGACCUCUAUCCAUUUGUGAAAGUGGAUCGUUAUGAGGUGGAUAUCAAUGGUACACAGCAGCCCUAUGGAAACAACGGUACUUACUUCCGGGAUGCGUUUGCGUAUAUGGGCUUGGGUAACGAUAAGGACGUCAGCAUAUUUUUCAUGCCGCAAAUGGGAGGUUCAAGCCAGGCAUAUCGCGGUGUAAUGGCCACGAAUGGUUAUAACGAAAUCCGUUCAUUCGCAAAUAUCACAGUCAACCAGAGAAAAAACGCAUUGUGUCUCACCCGUCUCCGGUUCUAUUACGGCUGGGUCUCUUGGUUUUCAAACUGGCAACAAGAUACUUGGUUCACCAUUUACGAUCAAUAUGGAAAUUACGGCCACUUUUCAGUCAAAACGAACGCAAGCAACACCAUUUCCAUCUCGACCAGAUAUGUUAACAGAGCUGAUUCUAAGACGAUCAAUUCCACUGCAAAGCUUUGACGAUACUGCGUAUCAUGAUUGAGAGUCGGAAGGGUGCUUACUUUGCGAUUGACCUCUAAAAGGGAGUGAAAGGCCGUGAUUUUUGUCGGUUCGCUGAUGGAUGUUGGUGGAAGCCUCAGGACUCAACUUCCCUGAGGUAGCAAUGUUCUGAGUUCAACCAUCAGGGCAGCAUGAUGUAUAUCAAAUGUUGAGAAUACCUCGUUCUUUCUUGUUAAAACUUUCCCAUGUUUGCUCAGAUAAUGCUGCAGAAGUAGCUCUCGUCUUACGGGCCUAUUAAUGCAGAUACAUACAUUAUAUGUCGGGCUUACUUUCUAAGUGAG